AUGGAUGGUCCUACCACUGAAGCACCACUCUACAUGGAUGAGCCUAUCACUGAAACUCUAUUCUGCAUGGAUGGUCCUACCACUGAAGCACCACUGCACAUGGAUGGCCCUACCAGUGAAGCACGAAUCCGCAUGGAUGGUCCUACCACUGAAGCUCCAUUCUACAUGGAUGGGCCUAUCGCUGAAGCUCCAUUUACAUGGAUGGUCUUACCACUGAUACUGGGGAACUACAGGGCAAUUAGUCUUAUCAUCAAUCAUUUGCAAAGCAAUGGAAAGCUGCCAAGCAAUGACCAAACCCUAAUUGGAUUUAUCACAUUUGACAGUUCAGUCCAUUUCUACAACUUCCAAGGAAACUCCUGUGAGCCACAGAUGAUAGUUUCACUCAGCACAGAAGAUAUUAUUAUUCCCGUUGAAGACAAUCUGUUAGUUAACGUGAGACAGAGAAAAGAGGACAUUGCAUCAUUUCUUACGCUGCUGCCAACAAAAUUCAAGGAGUCGAAGAAAAGAUACUGUGCUUUUGGGGCGGCUCUGCAGGCAGCUCAGAAAGUCAUUGGUUUCACAGGAGGCCGUGUGUCCAUGUUCCUAAGCCAGCUACCUAACAAAGGCUGCGGGACCCUGUACAACAGGGAACAGGAAGCAAAUAGUACAGGGGCACUGGGAUGGAAGGAGUUAGCCCCGGCAGAGUUCUACAAGACCCUCGCCACAACAUUUGCAGCUCAAGAUACCACUGUGGAUCUCUUUCUGCUCAGCAGAGAAUACUGUGACCUGGCCUCUCUGUCUUGCAUUCCGAGGACCACCUGCGGCAGCAUUUACUUUUACCCAGGUUUUCAUCACAUUCAGGAUGUAGGACAAGUUGAAAAACUACAGAAAGAGUUUCAACAUUAUCUAACGCGACCCAUCGGCACUAAGGCAUUACUGAGGAUCUGCAGCACAGAAGGACUUAUUUUGCCAUCACCAUGCAGAAGCUCACAGCUGCCUUGUUCGGAUCUGUUGCACAUACCGGUCAUAAGCCCAGACACUGUGUUCACAGUACAGAUGGAAGUGAAGGAAAAGCUGGUAGAAUGGCCCUUUGUGACCUUUCAGUCUUGUCUCCUGUACACAUCGGGGACAGGACAAUGUUAUAGUGUCACAGUGGUAGCAGCUAGUGAGAAGAAGAGGUUAGCUCAAUGA